AUACAUAAGUGUCUGCGGUGGGAUGUGAAAAUGACACUUGGUGUGUAUUAUUGGAACAUGAUGGAGUCGUCUGCUGUGACGGGAAAUGAUUAUCUUAUACAAUAUCGUAAUAUUUCCUCAAAGCUCAAAAAGCGUUUUCUUCGAAAGCCAAAUGUAGCUGAAGCAAGCGAAGAGUUUGGUCAGUUAGCCCGGGAGCUGAGCGAUGGGGAAGCGUGGGCACAAGCUGGUCUGUGUUGUGUGGCUGUGGCCAAGUGCGAACAGACCUUGGUCAACCCCACCACAGAGGUCUCAGCCAUAACUCAGGCAGCAAGGUAUUUCCUCAAGGCCGAAAUCAUGAACCACUACCUCCAUUGUCCAAGCUUCAAUGAACACCUUAUGACUGCAAUCAGCUGUUUCCAGCAUGCCAUUCAGCUGUACAUAGACCACAAGAAACCAGCUCUAGCAGCAUCACUGUCUGUUGAGUUAGGACAGGCCCUUCGGUCAUUAGGACGGCCAUCUGAGGCCCUGACUCACCUUCGUAUAGCAGCUGACCUCCAUGCUGCUUCUCCCUUCCACCAUCUUACCUGUCUUGGCUAUAUUGCUUCUUGCAAAAUUGAAUUAGGUGACCUUCAUGGGGCUUUGAUGAUGUUUACCCAGAUGGCCACCAUUAUUGAACAAACAGCUGAACAACCACUCACAGGAGCUUACAAGGACAUUUUAGCUAGAUGUGAAAUUUCUUCAUUGCUCAUUUUGCUAACACUUCAGCCACUACCUCAGCACACCAAGCCACCUCAUGCUCAACUCUUGGAAAAGUACUCAUGGAACACAUCUGAUCUGCAAAAAUUUAAUGUGCCUUAUGAUGAUGCUGAGUUAGUAGUGCUUUUGCAGUCCCUGGUGCUGACUUGCCAGGGUCGAGACACUCAAGCUCUUGCUACCCUCAGUCAGCACCUCACACGUUUACUGGGACCUGAACACCUUCACUUACUUCACACACUUGUUACUGAAAUGAACAGAACAUGAUACUCGCCUCAAAUGCAUUAGGAUAAAUAAUUAUGCAUUGACAUUGCACCUGACUUUGUUGUAGUGUGUUUAAAUUUAUUCAGUGACCCUACCACAUAAAGAAAGAUGAGGAAGGGAUAUCAGGAAAUUUUAACCAAAAUUUCUUUUAUCAUGAAUAGUCUCUAAACCAUUUCGUACUUUGAUAAGGUUUUAAAGCAUUUCACAAAUGUUCUAUCACAGAGUUUGACAGUAUAUUUUCCAAAUUUUGGUUGUAAUAUUAAUUGGAAAUGUAUGUUGUAAUGUAUAGUAUACAUACUACAAAAAUUUGUGCUCAGUGCUUGAAAUCUUGAGAUGUACCAUUUAUUUAAUUAUUUUUUAUCAAUGAUGUCCUUACUGCAAUUGUUUUUUUCCUAAAAUAUAUUUGUUUUAGGUAAAAUAAAGAAUUUAUAUUGGUGAGUCAUCCUUUUAUGAAUCAUUUUGGGUAGCAAAAUGUAGAAGAUAAACCAUAAAAUAAUUAUGUCACUGUGCAGUGCCUACAUGAAACAAAACAUCAAACAAUGAUGUUUGUAUCUGAAAGUAAUCCAGUCUUGUGUGACAUCUUUAUAACAAAUCCCAGAUAAGGAAGAGCUCAGUUUUGAUGUUAUAUCUUUUGAAUGUAGAAUGAAAAAUUGCUAAAGAUAUUACUUUGAUAUACAUUUCUUGUGGCAUAGUUCAUUGUGUGGUAAGUGACCUUUCAGUAUCUUAAUGAUCAUUUUUUAUGAAUAGUUUAAUGGUGGGAGGCGGCCGACUUGUU